CCCCGCUCUCGUGACUGCUGGGGCCAUGGCGGCGGUACUUCGGGCUCGGUGUUUCCCUCGGGCGUGGCUCUGCAGGAAAGCCCUGCAGGGCUGCAAUCGGCACUACCGCGCCGCGCUCUGCACCCAGUUGAAGCAGCCCCUGGCCAUUGAGGAGGUCGCCCCUCGUCCUGUCCAGCCUCACGAGGUCAGAGUUGGUGUCCAUUUCUGUGGAGUUAACUUUGCUGAUAUUUUAGUGUGCCGUGGUCAGUAUCAGGAAAAGCCCCAUCUUCCCUUCACACCCGGAAUGGAGUUUUCUGGGACAGUAUUGGAGACAGGCACAGAUGUCAGCACAGUGAAAGAGGGAGAUCGAGUUAUUGGUGUGAGUGGCUUUAAUGGUAUGGCUGAAGAAUGCAUCAUGGACCAGAAGAUGCUAUGGCAGAUUCCAGAUAGGGUCUCCCUUCAAGAAGCUGCUACCCUGCCUGUAUCUUAUUGUACUGCUAUUUUGGCCCUGGAACAUAGGGCAUGUACCCAGCCUGGAGAAACUGUUUUAGUGACAGCAGCAGCUGGAGCCACGGGCCUUGCCGUGAUAGAUGUGGCAACAAACGUUCUUCAGGCUAAGGUAAUAGCUGCCACCGGAAGUGAUGAGAAGUGCCAGCUGGCGAUGCAGAGAGGAGCACAGGCUGCCCUGAACUAUGGGCAGGGAGGCCUGAAGCAGGCUGUGAGGAAGCUGGUGGGCAGUGGCGGGGUGAAUGUGGUCAUUGACACUGUGGGAGGAGACAUCUUCCUGGACGCUGUCCGCAGCUUGGCGUGGGAAGGCCGGAUUGUGGUGGUGGGUUUUGCUGGAGGAACCAUUGCAUCUUUGCCAGCCAACCUUCUCCUCCUGAAGAAUGUCUCUGCCCUGGGACUGUACUGGGGUCGAUACCAACGUGAGGACUUUCCUGUGUUCUCCAGGAGUCUGUCAUCAGCCCUUCAGUACUGUCAGCAAGGGCGCAUCCAGCCAUACAUAGGAGCGGUUUUUAAGCUGGAGGAGGUCAAUGAGGCUUUCUUUCACGUGAUACAGCGCAAAUCCACGGGCAAGGAUUUCUGACACCCUUUGGGAUAAUUGAAGAUUUGCUGGCUAGAUCCAGGAAGGAAGGAGGCCAAGUCUGGACUGGGACAACCUUUCCACUCUGCGGAGUUGAUCAGUAGGUGUCACUAGUGGUAAAGAUUGUCGCCAGGUCACCAUGCCAAAGUGACUUAGAUGGAAAGAAGCAGUCAUUAAGGAGAGUGAGUUUCUUCAGGCUUAAUGAGAAUUGGUUGGAACCCCUAAUGACCUGUUCUCUGCUCGCCUGUGUUCCUGCUUCAUUGGAAUGCUUUGAUUUGAAAGCAUUUGACUCAUAUUUUAGUCAUCGUUUGGUUGUUCUACCAUCUGAGCCAUUAGUUGGUCUGAAAAAAGAAAUCAAUGCAGUUCCAAGUGACAGCGU